AUGGUGGCAAAGAUCCCCUCUGUGCUGUGCUUGAGGAAGGGAGCAUGGCUGAAGCAGGUGCUUGUGCUCAGCAGUGCAGCAACACGCAGAGAAGGCCUUCUGGGUGCUGCAGGUGAUGCACUCGUGAGUUGCCACAGACACUACAAAUCCCGACCUACGCACGGGAUCGGGAGGUUUAAAUACCUGCUCCCCAAGGAGGUUCCAAAGAAGAAAAAGGAUAAAGUACAGAUGAAAGAGAUAAAUGUUGGGACUGAACAUGAGUAUGGAGAUGUCAACAUCCAGAUGACCUCCUAUGACAUGUGUCUGGUGGAGCACUUUGCUCGGUAUGUGCAUAAACUCUGCAACCGGCUCCGCAUCAGAGUGAACGAAAGCUACGCCAUGCCCACCAAAACCAAUGAACUGUUCUACUUGGAAGAGAGAGGUUCCAAAAUGCAGCUGGAUGCCAUCCUCACUACCCAUCAGAGGGUUGUCCAGAUCAGUGGUUUGAGCUCAACGUUUGCUCCGAUCCUCCUGGAAAUCAUUCAGAGCAACCAACCCGAAGGGGUCCAUCUGUUGGUGAAAGAGCACACAGAAGCUGAUUUCAAGAGCAGGUUGAAGUCUCGGCCAGAACUGGAAGAGCUGCUGGCACAGAUGAGCUGA